UCUCUCUCUGUCUGUUAUUUCUCAUUUCAAACCUCUCCUGCCAUCCCGUCCCGGCCCGAAUCGUAAUGAUCCUGCACUGCACUGCACAUCACCCACUCGCCAUAAACCCGUCCCACGUACCACACAACCGCUCUAGCUCCCCACCAUCCUAUCUCCUCCUGCCUCUCUUCAGCCCCCCCUCCCCCUCCUCUUCUAUCAUCCUGCACGUGCCCGCCUCACCGGUCCGCACCGCUGUCCCACACGCGCACCGUACACGCAACGCCCCGCGCAACGGCUCGAUCUGCCACGCGGCAGCCACUUGACACGUCACACAAAUGGCCCAAUAGGGAGCGUCUUCUCUACGGCCCGCCUCGUGUCGGCAAACGCCAGACCGUCACGGUUCCCGCGGAUGGCUGGAGGAGGUAGUGUGCUGGUGGGUGGCACAGCUUGGUGCUGGUAGGAAGGCCGAGACCGGAGGAGGGGGAGAC